GUGUGCGCUUUGGGGAAUUCACCUGGUUGACGUCACGCACAAGGCUUCAAUGCGCAGCGCCUCCACACUCCACAGCCGCAGAAAAGACAGCACAGACUGAGCCACACGCACGUCUUCAACUGACAGCAGCACAACACUUCCUCAAACUACAACGAGACAUAGGAGAAGGUGAUCGAAAACACAGAGAAAAGAACCCAAAACUUACCCAAGGAGCGCUUCAACCAAGGCGGAAGAGGAGGCUUGAGUGAGGGGUCACCAUGGCACCCUUCCUGCGAAUAGGCUUCAACAUUUACGACAUGGGUGCGCUGCCCCCUGUCCCAGAGCCUCCCAUUUGUGCCAUCAAGAUGAAGGAGUCUGUCAGCACAGAGCGAGGAAAGACUUUAGUCCAGAGGAAGCCCACAAUGUAUCCUGACUGGAAAUCUACAUUUGAUGCUCACAUUUACGAAGGCCGUGUCCUUGAAGUGGUUCUAAUGAAGAGCCAGGAGGAGCCUCUGGCCAAAGCUACAGUGGGUGUGUCUGUACUGGCUGAGCGCUGUAAAAAAUCCAAAACGAAUGGUCGUGCUGAGUUCUGGGUCGACUUGCAACCUUCAGGUCGAGUGCAGAUGGCAGUGCAGUACUUCUUGGAGGAUGGAGAUCUUGCCACUAAUAGGACUUCAAUGAAAGUCUCUCCUGAGGAAGGACUCACGACCCUCAACAGAAGGAGAGGAGCUUUUAAACAGCCCAAAAUCCACGACAUCAAGAGCCACGAGUUCACCGCCACUUUCUUCAAUCAGCCCACUUUCUGCUCUGUGUGCAGGGAGUUCCUCUGGGGGCUCAACAAACAGGGUUACAAAUGCAGACAAUGCAAUGCUGCAAUUCACAAAAAAUGCACCGGAUUAGUGAUUGCAAGGUGCACUGGAACAGCAGCCAACAGUCGGGAUACAAUGUUCCAGAAAGAGCGUUUUAAGAUCGAUAUGCCACAUCGCUUCAAAUACUACAACUACAGAAGCCCCACCUUCUGUGACCACUGUGGCAGCUUGCUCUGGGGGCUGUAUAGACAAGGCCUUAAAUGUGAAGAAUGUACCAUGAAUGUUCAUAGUUACUGUCAGAAGAAAGUGGGGAAUCUCUGUGGUGUCAAUCAGAAAUUACUAGCGGAGGCCCUCUUUCACAUCAAUUUGAAAAAAGAUGCAUCAGUUAAGAAACCCGAUCCAAAUGGGCCUGACACUGGAAUUUACCAAGGUGUCCAGGACGUGACACCGGAGCCUAGUGCCAAUGGCAAGGCCCCGGCUCCAAGUCCCACUCCAGCACCAGCCUCUCAGAUACGCCUCUCUCUGAACCAGCUGGUGUUUCACAAAGUGCUCGGAAAGGGCAGCUUUGGAAAGGUGCUGCUGGCUGAGCUGAAGGGCAAAGGGCAGUACUUUGCAGUGAAGGUACUAAAGAAAGACGUAGUGCUGAUGGAUGAUGAUGUGGAGUGCACAAUGGUGGAGAAGAGAGUGCUAGCCUUGGCCUGGGAGAACCCUUUCCUUACUCACCUGUACUCCACUUUCCAGUCCAAAGAACACUUGUUCUUUGUAAUGGAAUACCUAAACGGAGGUGAUCUUAUGUUCCACAUCCAAGACAAAGGCCGCUUUGAUUUGAACAGGGCCACAUUUUAUGCUGCUGAGAUCAUAGUGGGACUGCAGUUCCUCCACUCCAAAGGAAUCAUCUACAGGGAUCUGAAGCUGGACAAUGUAAUGCUAGACAAAGAUGGACACAUAAAAAUUGCAGACUUUGGUAUGUGUCGAGAAAAUGUUUUUGGAGAUACCAGAGCUACAACAUUUUGUGGAACACCAGACUACAUUGCACCAGAGAUCCUGUUGGGACAAAAGUAUACUUUCUCUGUGGACUGGUGGUCAUUUGGUGUCCUGGUGUAUGAGAUGCUGAUCGGUCAGUCACCUUUCCAAGGCGAUGACGAGGAUGAACUGUUUGAGUCCAUUCGGACGGACACUCCACACUAUCCCCGCUGGAUCUCAAAGGAGUCCAAAAACCUUCUUGAACUGUUGUUUGAGCGAGAUCCCACACGGCGGUUGGGUGUGGUGGGGGACAUUCGUGCUCAUCCAUUCUUCAAAUCUAUCAACUGGGCGGCACUAGAAAAACUACAAGUAGACCCACCGUUCAAACCCAAAGUGAAGUCCCCCAGUGACUGCAGCAACUUUGACCGAGAGUUCCUGAGCGAGAAGCCACGCCUCUCCCAUGCAGACAAGAACCUCAUUGAGUCCAUGGACCAGGCUGCCUUUGCCGGAUUCUCCUUUAUCAACCCCAAACUGGAGCAAAUGAUAAACAAAUAGAAACUGGAUCACAUUUUGGUGUUAUACCUUAAUACCGGCACCCAAAGGAUAUCAGGUUAUUCUGGCUGAAUUGUUAUACUUCACUGUAAUAAAUGUAUAUGUGGUUAAUUCUUCUAAUGUGAAGUUGAUCACAAUCUAAGUAACAGGUGUUGGAUGAGUUGCCAGGUACUUGAAGUGACCUUGAAGUGUACAUUUAUUAUCUAUCAUAGUUUGUCACUGAAAUCAAAAUAGAAAAAACUAUGACUCAUACCAUGUAAAUUUGUUUUUAAGGCAGUGAGUGGUACAACUCUUUAAAAAUUACCUCUUGUGGGAGCAGUUUUAUUUUUUAAUUUAUAUUUCUGAUCGUAAGGGACAACACAAACCAAUACUGGAUAUCCAUGUGAAGUAAUUAUACCUAUGUAGGCUAUAUGUAUAAAAGGUAAGGGAAACUACAGAAAACCCAGUGUUGCUAUAUUAAAUGCUGGAUAUUAAUAUUUGCAUUUUUUAUGUUGCUUUAUAACAGUCCACCAAAGUAGUUAUUUAAUAAUUAUGCUUUGUCAUGAGACUACAAGGUGAAUCUGUUUCAAAUUUGUCUGUAUAAUGAUAUGACAAGAGAAGGGUAGUUCUUUAUUAUCUGUUUACUAGUACAACAUUAAUUAUUUGGCUUACAUACGGUAGAAAACAGUGACCUUCCAUUAUUUUCACCUUCUGCAUUUUUUUUUUUCUGUUGUCUUUAGACCUACUCCUAUUUAUUUUGUAGAGAGUGUAAAAUAAUACAAAAAGAAGGCUAAUUGUCUAUUGCCAAUUAUUCUGAUCUUUUUUUUUAUUGUGUUUGUUGUCCACUGAUUGGAAAAUUCUGUAUGAUGUGAGCUAUAAUUCUCUUAAUUAAUACUUACAAAUUUAAAUCAAUUUCUUGAAGCUAGAAAUUUUAACACAGCAAUUAUACUAUACACUCCUGUUGUCUAAGAGACUUUUUUUUAUUACCUUUUACAUAUGAUGAAUAAAAACUGGAAGGUGUGACACUGAG